CGCACGGUCACAAUUCAUAUUAUUGUUUUGAUUUGUUGAGCAGUUUUCCAAGUGUCUUGAUCGGUAGCGGUUGUCAGCAGUCCUGAUCCGCGCGGGAUGGUCGAGACGCUGAGCAUCGCCGUCAUCGGAGCGCCUGGAGUCGGGAAAACUUCUAUCAUCCGUCAGUUUAUUUACAAUGACUUCUCCGAGACUUACACCCCCACCCAAACGCGAUACGUGUACAGACCCUCGGUCAUUCUUAACGGUGUUAUGUACGACCUGAAGAUUUUGGAUGUCCCGCCAAUUUCCUCCUUUCCUUCAAGCCCGAGUCAGGAGUGGCUGGAUACGCGGUGUAGAGGGGUCCGCAGCGCAAACGCCUACAUUCUAGUUUAUGACAUCUGCUGUGUGGAAAGCUUUGAGUAUGUCAAGAUGAUCCGACAGCAAAUUGUGGAUAACAGAGUGGGCAGCAGUAGUGAAGUGCCCAUCCUGGUGGUGGGCAGUAAGCGGGACCUUCAGCGGCAUCGGUUCACCCAGCGCAGGGCCGUGUCUGUCCUGGUGAAGAAAACCUGGAAGUGCGGCUAUGUUGAGUGCUCUGCUAAGUAUAACUGGCAUGUGCUUCUGCUCUUCAAAGAGCUCCUGGGAAUAGCCAUGGCACGAGGACUGCGUCCGAACCACACCUCUAUCCGUCUCCAAGGGGCAUUGCAGAGGAACCGCUGUAAUGUCAUGUGACAGAUAUGUAGCCUUUUUUGAAUUUAUGCUUAUUUAGGACCCGUUUGUGUUAUCAGAAUCUUAAUUAUCUGAUUUUAACUGGUCCUACGUCAGUAUUGAAAGUCAACUUUGCUGUACCGCGAGAAUGGAGCUUUGGGGACAAACUGUCAAUCAAAAUGGCUGGAAUAUUACCACCUAGGGGCCUCUGUAACUGAUGCAUUCAUCUGAUGGAUUACCUUAGGUACUACUAAUUUCACUUUACUCCAGUGUACUCUAACAAAAAAAAUGGAUGCAGAUAAGGUUUUUUUUUCCCAUCUUACCAAAGUCUGACAUGGUCUGAGUAAGAUAUUGCAUCUGACUCAAAGAGAGUAUAAUUUGUCUCCCCUUCCUGCUCAGAUUUAAAUUCAGAUGCUGUGAGUGCAAGUGUACUCCAGUGUGACAGUUUUUAACUGUUGUUUGGAAACAGCCUUUAUGAAGGAUAAACUUAGGGUUUAGGAAUUAUGAUGAGCGAAAGUUUGUGAACCUGUUGGAAUUAUCUGUAGUGAUCCUCAAAUUUGACCUAAAAUAUGAUCUGAUCUUUCCCUAUGUUAUCGUAUCAAUGAAAAACAAAUGAGAGAAUACAUUUUUAAACAUUUUUAGAAACUUCCUCUGUAUCAUGAAAUAUGUUAAUCUUUAGAUUACUUUCAGAAGCGCUGACUUCCAAAAAAAUCCCUGCCCUGUUACUCAUUUUUUUGAAAAACUGCUUCAGGACAUUAAUAAGAUCCUGCCACAACAUUUGACUUCAUAAACCACAGACAGAAACCUCACCAUUCUCACAUUCCAUUUGUAAUAAUUCAGUGGGCCACUUUACACAGACUCUGCAAAAGUGUAUAUAGUAUUCCAACAAUGUGAUUGGGACAAUAUUUUUUAUUGGAACAGCUUUUUUAAUAGCAAAAUGGUUUUGUCCAUAAUCUAAAGGGGGUUGCACACUGGACAAGAAGUGCCAAAUUCACACACACACACACACACACACACACACACGUGUAACAUAGAUCGCCCUUUUUCUUUACAUUUGCUCUGUUUUUUCAAACACUAAAAUUUAAACUCCGUGAUGCCACUUUGUUAAUUCUUGAAGUGAACUUUUGCCUAUUGGCUGAUUAGAUUAACUAUUUACCAGUGAGCUGUCCUAGACGCAACGUGGCGCUGCGCUUCUGGUCCGGUGCACGACUGCAUUAAGAAACUUAGGAAAUUUGUCCUUAAAAUAGGCACCAGCAUUCUUACUGAUGAGCUGUCCUUCCAUAUACACCUCUCCAGUUCACUGUGUUGUUCCAUGGUGGAUGUAUGAACAUGGCCAAGAGAUGCCUGGAGCUGUUAUAUUGGACUUCAAUAAAUCAUGCUGACUUAUUUCAUUGCAAACUUCUUAGCACAUUUGCCAAGAUAGGUAUAUCCCAGCCUGCAUACUAUAUAUAACUGCAUUGCAAUUUUGUCACCAUAUGCCCUGCCAAAUCUAGUAAAAAUGGCGAACAUCCUACCUCCUAAAUAUAGAUAACUGAAGAAGUGAGGCACAAAAUAAUGUCUUCCUGUGGCAGGAUAGAGAGGUGUUGUGCAGAUUUCAGCAAGCAUGUACAAUCAGUGGCACUCUAGAAGAUGUAAGAAGUGAUGAUAAAGCCAACAGGUCCCCUGGGGCUUCCCUAAACCUGAUGAUUUCUGCUGAACCAGGAU